CGACAUCGACAAGGAAAAUCUGCCAGCAUCUUAAUCGAUCGUUUUGCUGCGUGGUGAUUAUUUCGACGGACAAGACAAACUUCGAGAAACAGCUGUCUACCGCGCGCGCAAACAUUUUUUUAUUUUAUUUUAUUUAUUUUUAUUAUUAUUAUUAUUAUUUUUGGAAACUGAAACCCGAAGCAAGAAAGGAAAGUAUGUCUUCAUACCUUGUAACCGGAGCCAGCCGUGGCCUUGGCCUUGAGAUGGUUAGGGUAUUGGCCAGCAAACCAGCAAGUGAGGUGUCUAUCAUCAUUGCCACUAUUCGCAGCGCUGCUCCAGCUGCCCUUCAAGAGAUCAUUUCUCAGGCUCAAGGCCGAGUUGUGACAGUUCAACUGGAGGUAACAGAUCCAGCCAAUGUCACCAAGGUCGCAGGUGAAGUAAAGGAGAUUCUCGGCGGGCGCGGCCUAGAUGUGCUCAUCAACAAUGUCGCUGUCAGCAACACGACUCCUACUAGCGUGACAGCCACCACAACUCUACUGUCGACUUUCGACGUAAAUGUAGUGGCUGUACAGAAUCUCACCCUGGCGCUCCUACCGCUACUACGAGAAGGGACUCUAAAGACGGUACUGAACAUGGGUUCUAUCGUGGGGUCGAUAACAUAUGCAAAACGGUUCAUGGUAGCGCCAGAUCCGGCCUAUCGAGUGAGCAAAGCUGCACUCCACUGCCUAACCAGGCUGUACGCAUUGGAGCUUGAGGCUGAAGGCUUCACAUUUGUGGCCGUGUCUCCCGGAUGGGUUCAAACUGAUCAGGGAGGCCCAUAUGCGGACCUCGAUAGCCCAACAGCUGCCAAAGCUACGCUGGAUGUCUUGUCGAGAAACAGAGAGGACAUCAAUGGCAAGCUUGUCAAUAUCAAGGUGGAGGGUUGGGAGAAUGCUACUGGGCUUCACAAGUACGACGGCGGGGAUUUGGAUUGGUAAAAUAUAUCGUUUAUCUCAAGUGCGUUUAUUAUGGCUGAUAGCUAUUCGACGUCAAAAUUUGGUAUUGAGAAACAUCCUGUUUUUCGAAAACCUCACACCUAGUCGUGUAAAAAA